AUGCUAAGAGAUAAUGGUAAUGGUAUGAUGAAUAGCAGUCAAGUUCUCUUUCGUAUUCGAUGUGAAGAGGAAAUACGAUUGUUGGAGGCUCAACGCACAUUUCUCCUCUCAUCUAUUAGAGAGAAACAAUUAGAAUGUGAACGACUACAUGCAAAGGGGAAUAUGUACCGUGUGGAGAUUGACUCUCUUCUUCCUUCUCUUCAAUCCUGUGGAGAAAUGUCUCUUUCAUCUCCUUCUGAUGGGGAGGCAUUUCUUCUUUCUCGAUCUACACACAUGGGAAGUGGAAAUAGAUCAAUAACAACAACAACAAGAGAAACUUCCCUCACGACAUUAACGGCCGCCGCCGCAGCACUUGAAGAGAAGAUACAAUUAAUGGAAAAUUCUAUUCUAAAUAAAAAUAAUUCUGCUGUUGCCGUAUCCAAGAUGCAGGAUCAUGCACUUCAAACAUUACGGAAAGAAGUUAAAAAAGUACGAAUGAUGUUAGAAAAAGAUAUGGCAUCUCUUGUGAACGCUGAGAUAUGGGCAUUAGAAGCUGAAGAGGAGAAGGCACGUAUUCUCUUGGAAAUAGAAGAGAUGAAAUCUCUAGAAGAGUGUGAGAGCAGUUCCUUCACAGUCCUCACAGCCUUCAACACUGCUGUCACGGAGCGGGCAAGAAUUGCGGAAUUAAAACGCAAUGCGAUCCAACACCUUCUGGCCCAGAGGAAACAAGAUGGUAUCAUACCUAAUAUUCAGAUUGAAAAUAAUAAUAAUAAUAAUAAUAAUAAUAAUAAUAAUAAUAAUAAUGACAAGAACGAGGAAAUUAUCACAACAACUAGUAAUGAUAACAGUAUCAGUAAUGAUGAGAAGUCAAACGAAAUGUUUAAUAUAGAAUUGAUGAAUACUAAACAAGAUAUUGAGGAAACGGUAAAACAGCUCUUGUCAGUACGUACAUCUCUGCUUAUUUUAAAUGCUUCUAUAAUAAGUAUAGCGGAUAAUAUAGAUGAGAUUGAUUCUGUUGUAACUGGUUUGAAGAAUGACCCAAAUUGGAUGCCUAUAUUAGUAGAAGCUAAUUCUGAAGUGGAGUCGUGGCGUAUUUCUAAUCUUAAGAAGGCUUAUGAUAAUGCAGUAAAGUCUCUACAAAAGUCUCGUGAUAAUUCAAGUCUAUCGGUUGCUGAAGAUCUGAUAACUAAAGUAAAAUAUUUAUGUAUUAUUAAUAACAUUUUUUCUUGCCAUCCUGUAGUACUUGCAAGUGCUGUCUUGGGUAGCGAUUCAAAAUGGAAAGAUGUGCAUGAUAUGUUGCCUGCUGUAAAAAGGGCAAUUUUAUUAUUGCGAAGAAAGAAGAAGUAA